ACGAUAUUGUUAAGACCGUUUUGAAAUUACGUUGCCACACACUAAGGUGUUUUUCGAAUUUGAUGUUUUGUGAUUUUAAUUGAUUUAUAUUAGUACAUCAAUACUUUUAUCAUUUGGUACUAGGUUUUUUUUACCUUUGUGAAAGAUAAAAAAAAAUGACACAGAUUCUGGGGCAUUUUAUAAGUUUUAUGUUGAUUAUUUCAACAAUAGAUCGGAUAACAUGCUACAACAUCUUAGGAAUUUUUAUACAUCCAGGAAAAAGCCAUUUUGACAUGUUCUAUCCGUUAAUGCGGGGACUCGCAGAAAAGGGACACAACGUUACAGUCAUAUCACAUUUUCCCGAUAAAAAUCCAGUUCCAGGCUAUACAGAUGUCGUUCUCGAAGGACUUUCAGAUAUUUCUUUGAAUAAUGGAGUUGAUCUGGAAUGGUUCAAGGAUCAAAGACCAUUGUCUCAUUAUACGGAAAUAUUUUUUUUGUACUCAUGGGGUAUAAAUUCCUGCGAAAAAGCUCUAACAUCGCGCUCUUUGCAAAAAUUCAUGAAGCAGUACCGCGAAAAGUUCGACCUUAUUAUUCUGGAGCAAUUCAAUACAGAUUGCCCUGUUGGCAUAGCCUCAAAAUUUCAGGCGCCUUUCAUUUCUUUAUCCUCGUGUGCAAUGAUGACCUGGCAUUAUGAAAGAACUGGGACACCACUCAUACCUUCUUACAUGCCCAUAGUGUUUUCGGACCAUUCAGAAAAUAUGAAUUUUAUUCAAAGAGCUAAAAACUGGUUUGUCAUCCACAGCCAUAACUUAAUAUAUAAAUGGGUUUUUAACCCGAAAGCCAAUGAUCUUCUUGAAAAACACUUGGGUCCAGGGAUUCCCGAUGUUGCGGAACUAGUUAAGAAAACUAGCCUAAUGAUGGUGAAUCAACAUUAUUCACUAAGUGCACCAAAACCGCUCCCUCCAGGCGUUCUCGAAGUUGGUGGUAUUCAUAUUUCAGAACAGAAAACAUUGAGUCCAGAUUUACAAAACCUGCUAGACACUGCAGAACACGGAGUAAUAAUUAUUAGUUGGGGAAGUAUGGUUAAAGCUGACUCCAUGCCAGAUGAUAAACGGGAUGCUUUUCUCUCAGCACUAAGCCAAUUUAAGGAACGAAUAAUAUGGAAGUGGGAAAAUGAUUCAUUGCCUAAUAAACCAGACAAUGUUUAUAUAAGGCCUUGGCUACCACAGAGAGACAUUUUAUGCCACCCUAAAGUACGUGUCUUUAUGAGUCAUGGUGGAUUGUUGGGUAGCUCAGAAACCGCGUAUUGUGGGGUACCUGCAGUAGUAACGCCAAUGUACGGUGAUCAAUUUAUGAAUGCUGCUGCGAUUGUCCAUAGAGGCAUGGGUGUUUUGCUGCCUUUUCCACAAAUGACUACGGAAAAUAUUGUGAGCGCCUUAAAACAAGCGCUAUCACCAGAAAUGGCCCAAAAUGCUAAAAAAGUAUCUUUUUCAUUCAAAAAUCGUCUAACAACACCAUUGGAAACUGCAAUUUGGUGGGCUGAACAUGUGGCGGCAACGGGAGGUGGCCCACUCCUCCAUUCUCGAGCCAUCGAUUUGCCAUGGUACGUUUAUCAUUCGCUUGAUGUUUGGGCACUUGUAGUUUCUAUCCUGAUCCUGACCAUCUUUAUGUGGGUUCGAAUUAUUAAACGACUUUGCAAAGCCAAAAAGAGUGAGAAAGAGAAAUAUCAGUAGGUGGCAUCAUUAAAAUGUGAUAAAAAAAAUUAUUCAUUGUUUUUUUUUAAUAAUCAUUUGAAUAAAUUUUGUUGAAUACAUUUUCUUA